CUGGCAUUCCGCCUCCCAGUUGACUGUCGAGUGACAUAGAGUGACCACCGACGGUCGUCGCUUGGUCAUAGAUCAAAACAAGAACGAUCCCGAAAAAAAAUCCUGUUACCAAAUUCCCCGCGAGGUCGCUGCAGUCAUCUGGAAAGGAUGGAGGGACGCCUGGCAAGGAUAGUGGCUGUGCUGGCGGUGGUUAGUUGCGUCUGGAUGGCCGAGGGGAAGAAGGCGGAUGGGCCCAAGACAAAGCUGCCAGAGGAUAAGCUGUUCAGCGACCAGGCUGCCUUCUGCGAGGGCUGCUAUGCUGUGGUGCACGAGUUGGACGCCCUUCUGACGAAGUGGCAGAAGGAGAAGGGAUCCCUGGAGGACCACAUCGACGCGGCCCUCCUCGCCAUCUGCAGCACCGACAGACUGCGUUCGUACGUCCUCUCUCCGCCGAAGAUGACCAGACUCUGCUCGGGGAUCAGAGUUCACUACCUGGACGACCUCGGAAUGGCCUUCAUGAAGAAGUACGCUCGGAAGGAGGACUUGACAGCCGACGAGAUCUUCGAAGCCACCUGCAGGAAGAUCAUCCCGGCGUGUCCUUACGGGAUGAAGCCCAUGUCUGUCGCCAGGAAGGAAAAGAGAGAGGAAGCCGAAGCAGAAAAGAAAGCAAAGGAGAACAAAGAAAAGAGCAAUAAAAAGGAAGCGCAGAAACAAGACAAAAAUACGAAGAAGAAAGAGAAAAAGAGCAAGAACAAGACAACGGCAAAGGAUGAGCUUUAAUAUGCACGUCAGUCAAUUUUGCCUUUUAUGUUACGUGUGUGUUUGAGGUGAUUUUUAAUAAUAAACUUUUUUUUAAGAUAAGCCAGACAA